UCAGACUGGUUGUCAAAGUGGGUGGGUGAAUAACUCGUAAUUGUUACUCAUCGUUCUAGUGUUUUAUUGCAUUAAAAUAAAUAUAUAUCUGAAGAAGAUCGUCCUGGACAAUGUUUAUAUUGAUAAGAUUGUAUUUUGUUUACUUUAAUGCUUAAAUUGCAUAUUGCAAUUGUGUUAAGCUCGUAGUCGUAAACGUACAGUUAAAAUGACACGACUAGUUUACACGUUUUUUCUUUUAUUUACCGUAUUUAUUAAGGAUACUUUGCUGCGUUCGAUCGACGAAGAACCUUUUUUGAAGACUCCGCAAUAUACAAACUACGAUGAUUUAGUGAAACUAUUCGACGAAUUAGAAACGAAUUAUCCGGAACUGGCGAAAGUGUAUUCGAUCGGGAAGUCUGUUGAAGGACGUCGUUUGUUAGUGAUACAGAUUAGCGAAGGUGUUAAAAGUACACACCCUGAACGACCUGCUUUCAAAUAUGUAGCUAAUAUGCACGGUGACGAAUCUGUUGGACGUCAAUUGAUGGUCUACUUGGCGCAGUAUCUUUUGGUUAACUACGGCAAAGAUGACAGGGUAACAAAACUGGUGAACACCACAGACAUACAUUUGAUGCCUUCAUUGAAUCCAGAUGGAUUUGAACAGAGUAAGGAAGGAGAAUGUGAAUCACUACAAGAAGGAGAUGGUCGUAACAAUGCUAAAGGUGUAGACUUGAACAGGGACUUCCCCGAUCAGUUUGAUCGUAACCGGUCAAAUGAUGACGCAUAUCUGUUUGGAGGCAGACAGCCGGAGACCGCAGCAGUUAUACGCUGGGUUCUCAACAAGCAGUUUGUAUUGUCUGGUAACCUGCAUGGUGGUGCUGUUGUUGCCAGCUAUCCUUAUGAUGAUUCAAGCACUGGUAAAGAAUGCUGCGAAGAGAGUCAGUCGCCUGAUGAUGCAUUGUUCAAGCAUCUCGCCUCAGUAUAUGCGAGCAGACAUCCAGACAUGAAGAAAGGAAAUGCUUGCAAACCGGAGACAUUCAAAGAUGGCAUCACUAAUGGCGCGUUCUGGUACUCCGUGCCAGGCGGUAUGCAAGACUUCAACUACGUGAACUCGAACUGUUUCGAGGUGACGUUCGAGUUGUCGUGCUGCAAGUACCCGCGCGCCGCUCAGCUGCCGCACUUCUGGGACAUCAACCGCGACCCCCUGCUCGCGUACAUCGAGCAGGCGCACGUCGGCGUCACUGGCUUUGUGCUCAAUGAAGAUGGCGACCCUGUCAAGAAUGCACAAAUAAUAGUUGAAGGCAUCAAGCACUCUGUACGUACGACGGAGCACGGCGCCUACUGGCGACUGUUGCUGCCUGGUGAUUAUAACAUCACUGCUGUAGCCUCCGGUUACGUAUCACCAUCACCAGUGACAGUGUCAGUCAGCGAGGGAGCCGCGGCGACAGUCAACCUGACAGUCAGUCGGCGAGCGCGCGCGCUGUCAGUCGCGCGUAACAGGCACCUGCGUCACAUCGACGGACUUUCUGCAGUUGACUUCGCGCACCACGACUACACCAAGAUGGAGGCUUUCCUGCAGAAGUUGCACGACGAGUAUCCGGACAUCACCCGCCUCACCAGCAUCGGCCAGUCUGUGGAGGGCAGGGAGUUGUACGUGCUGGAAGUCACCAGAGACCCGGGAACACAUAUUCCAGGCAAACCUGAAUUCAAAUACGUGGCCAACAUGCACGGUAACGAGGUAGUUGGCCGGGAAAUGUUGUUGUUGUUGGCCAAAUAUCUGUGCCAGCAGUACACCAGUGGCGAUGAGAGGAUCCAGAAGAUGUUGAACACCACUAGGAUACAUCUCCUGCCCAGCAUGAACCCUGAUGGAUACGAGAGGAGUAGAGAACAUGACUUCGGCAGCAUAAUUGGCAGAUCAAACGCACACGAUGUCGACCUAAACAGAAAUUUCCCUGAUCAGUUUGGAUCCACUCAGGACAACUCCUUACCUGAAGUGGAAACUGCUGCUGUAAUGAAAUGGUCUCAAUCAAUACCAUUUGUGUUAUCCGCCAACUUGCACGGGGGCGCGCUGGUCGCCAACUACCCCUAUGAUGGCAACCCUCAGAUGACCAGCGGAGCAGAGUUCCUCACCCCUGAUAAUGCUGUCUUUGUUCAUCUAGCUCAUGUCUACUCUAAUGCCCAUCACAAGAUGCACCUCGGACAGCCAUGCAAGGGCUCACCCAACGAGAAGUUUCCAGAAGGCAUCGUUAAUGGCGCCAAAUGGUACGUGUUAUCAGGAGGUAUGCAGGACUGGAACUAUCUACACACCAACGACAUGGAGCUGACGCUGGAGCUGGGCUGCUACAAGUUCCCUCCCGCUGAGGACCUGCCCACAUACUGGCAGGAUAACAAGGAGGCGCUCUUGGAGUUCAUUGAACAGGUUCACAUAGGAGUGCACGGGUUUGUACACAGUCACAUCGGACACGCGCUGGCCAACACCACCAUAUCUGUGGCCGGCAUCAAACAUGGUGUCAAGACUGCCCACCAUGGAGACUUCUGGAGACUGCUGCUGCCCGGCAAUUAUAACAUCACCGCUACUAAAGAUGGAUAUGAAAGUAUAACAGAGCAAGUGACAGUUCCCGAGAACGGCUCCGUCAGCCUCAACUUCACUCUGAUGGUGGACGACCCGCAGCACUGGUCCUCCGCCUACGACUUCCGUGUACUGGAGAACAUAGUAAACACGCAGUACCACAGCGGCGUGGAGACGUACGCGGCCCUCGCCGACCUGGAGAACAGGUUCCCGGACGUCGCAGAGUUCAAAGCUGGAGAUGCGCUCAGUACUGCUGUCUUCCAUACACUCAAACUUACUGACCAGGUGGGAUCACCAGAGGAGACUAAAUUCCACAUCGCAAUGAUAAGUAAUCUAUACGCAUCGCAGGGUUUAGGACAAGAGCUGCUUGUCAACUUUGCUCGUCAUAUAUCUACUGCAUAUACUAUCGGAGAGCCGAUACAUCAGAAAUUACUUAAAAAUACAGUUUUACAUUUUAUUCCAAACAUAGAUCCGUUAUACAAAAAUAUAUUAAAACAUUACGAUAAUACAGAUAAAUGUGAUAUUGAAGCUUUAGAAGAAGAGUUUGGAGACAGCGUGUACAAUUAUCUUACGAAAAAGAAUUUAAAUCCACUAUCAAAUUAUACAAGAGAAAAAUCAUUCGUACAUUUAUUAGAUAAAGAAAAAUACGAUUUAAUAAUAGAGUUAUCAUCUGGUACUGAAGAUGUAGCUUAUCCUGAUUUAUCCAGAGUAAUAUAUGAAAAGUUUGCGAAAAAAUUCCAAGAUAAUAGAAGUCCGAGUGAUCGUUAUGAAUGUAGUGAGAGAAACGAUCAUAUACGUCACGGCAACUUUAUAGAUUUGGUAUGUGAAAGGUAUAACACACCGAUAAUGUCAUUGGGAUUGAGUUGCUGUAAGAUGCCAUCACCAGAUGUCAUCGGAUGGGUGUGGAGGGACAACCUGCGCGGGAUUAUGAAGCUUGUCGAAGUCGCUAAUACAGGUGUGAAAGGCUAUAUAAAGAACGAGGAUGGACUACCGAUGCGGGAGGCGUCGCUAGCGGUGACCGGUGUGGCGAGACAGUACCGCGUCACUCCCAACAGGGCGCACUACCGCGCGUUACUACCCGCUGGUGACUACCGCGUUAUUGUUCGCUGUCAUGGCUACCACGAUCAGCAAUUAACAUGGCGUGUCAUAGAAGGCAUUGUCAAACAAAAAGACAUUGUUCUCCGACGCCUGAACGCGGAGCAUCUACCUGUAGCUACCGUUGAUGAGCUGCCGCUGGGUGAUGACCCCAAUAUCAUCUACAUCACAGGUCUAGCACUAGACUUCAGCAGUACACCGCUAGUGGGCGCUCGCGUGUCGCUGUACCCGCUGACGUCACUACAGCCGUUGCUAAGCAACGCCAGCGACAUCGCAGGCCGUUUCCUCCUAGCAUUACCUGUAACAUACACUGGCAAAGAAGUGAUGCUGUCUGUAGCUGCGGAUGGAUAUAUAACUAGUUCUAGACAUGUAAUGAUAAACAGUGACAGCAAAGUGACCCCCAACGUGCUAUUCAAGUUAGAAAGAGACGACACCGUGUUGGGUCUACCUAGACUAGUAUUUGUCAUGGUCGCCGGUGCGUUAGGCGUGGUGUUGGUGAUGGCGGCGGCGUGGUGCUUCGGUUGCCGGCAGAGAGCGCGCGACUCGCGACGCAAUUAUCUCUUCUCUCAGCUGCCGCCUGAUGACAAGCAGCCGCUCUGCGCAGACGCAUCUUAUGAUCUGUUACAAAAGCCGUACUACGAUGACGAUGAUAUACCGCCGUCGGAGACAGACUCCGAAGACGAAAUAGUUCUGCUCCGCUCCGACAGAGAAUGGAAGCCUGUCGACCAACACGACCACUAAACACUGACCUCUGUUCACCUUACAUUUGUACACGCACAGAGCUCACAGCAUUUGCAACACUGCAAAACGCAAUAACAUUUUUUUCAUAUAUAUUGGAAGAAAGUCUACUUAAUCUAUAAUUUUCAAACAAAAAAAGAUAAUUUUCUACCAAUUUUAAGAAACAGUUUUACUUUAAAUGAA